AUGAACUUAUGGCUAAUGCCGAGGUCACGCACGAGCCCAUAUGAUUCCACUACACCCUUAAACAAGCUCCAGAGGUAUAGUUACAAAGAGCUGAAGGAUGCCACCCAGAACUUCAGUGAUUCCAAUUCCAUUGGCAAAGGAGGCUCUGGAACUGUAUUCAGAGUGAUCCAUGGGGAUGUGAAGCCAAGCAACGUGUUGCUUGAUUCAGAGUUUAAGGCUAAACUUUCGGAUUUUGGGUUGUCGAGGUUGAAGCUUGAGGGUGAGUUUGGUGUUGAUUUGUUCAGUCAAGACUUGUGGAAGAGCCAAGAAUUAUUGAAGAGUGAAGAGAUUUCUGGGAACAUGAAUGCAGUUGGAGAAGGUGGUGAGAAUGAGACUCCAGCAAUUGGGACUCCAGUGGAGAGUCAUGAUCAUGAUGAGGUAGAUUUUGCUCUGGCUUUGCAAGCUUCUUCUUCGUCGAAAAAUAGUUGCAGAAGUUAUCAUAAUGUGAAAAAUUUGGCCUUGAAUUCUUUAAAUUGGAGUAGUGAUUUUGGGAAUGAGAUUGAUAUUAAAGAAAGGAUUGUGAAGGGCAAGGAGGUCUCGAUGAUCGAAAAUGGAAAGGGGGAUGAUAACAAGUCUGUGAAUUAUAACGACGACCUAAGUAACAUCAGUCCAAGUAAGGAGUUGAACUUGAAUGCUGCUAUGGUUAGGGAUGAUAGUGAUGGUAAUAAUGUGGGUGGAAAACAAUGGGGAAAGGAUUGGUGGUGGAAACAGGAUGGUAAUGGUGAAUUGUGCAGUAAAGAUUAUGUCAAGGAGUGGAUAGGAAGCCAAAUCCACCCUUCAACUAAUUCUAAUUGGGACGAAGAAAAUCAAUGCCCCCCAUCGAGAAUUGACUUGGUUAAUUCGACGCAGCUGGAGAAAUUUGAAAAAGCGAAUGAUAAUCCUUUACAAGAACUGGGAUUUGAGUGUCCUGGUGGUGCGAUUGAGAAGGAGGAUUCAAAGAGGUGGAAAGUGCAUUCUAAGAAGCAUCGGAAGAUUCGAGAAUGGUGGAAAGAAGAACACCUUGACGAACUUAGCAAGAAGAAUAAUAAGGUGAACAAGUUUCAAAUAAGGAGUACGAAACUGUUCAAAGUACGCUUGAAUUUGGGAAAACGCUUCAAAAGGAGGAGAAAAUCGAGUCACAACAGCCAUAAUAUGAAUGAUCCGGAUAUGGAGUUCAGUUUUAGGAAGGGUAAGAAGAAGAAGGAUUCCCGUUCUGUAGGGAGUGACAUGUGGAGUGGAGAUCUUUUCAGUCGAGAGUUAAGUAGCACAACGAGCAUGAGGGGUACUUUGUGCUAUGCUGCACCAGAAUACAGUGGAUGUGGAUACUUAAUGGAGAAGGCCGAUAUUUACAGCUUUGGUGUUUUAAUACUUGUAAUUGUCUCAGGUAGACGGCCACUUCACGUACUUUCAUCGCCAAUGAAGCUCGAGAAAGCAAACUUAAUAAGCUGGUGUAGGCAUUUGGCUCAUACUGGAAACAUAUUAGAACUCGUGGAUGAGAGACUGAGCGAUGAGUAUAACAAGGACGAGGCUAGCUUGUGUAUUAAUUUGGCCCUUGCAUGCCUACAAAAAAUGCCUGAACUACGGCCAGACAUUGGAGAGAUUGUUAAGAUUUUGAAACGGGAAAUGGAAAUCCCACAGCGUCCGUUCGAGUUUUCUCCGUCUCCUCCUCCAAAAUUUCCCAGCAAGUCGAGGAGAAAUAUUAGAACAAUGUAG